AUGUCAGCUCUCCCGCCCUUGGCGCCUUUCCCAAAAGCCUCGUGGCAGAAAAACCUCAGCUCGACGGAGUGGAAUCAGCUCGUACAGGCAUGGGCAUCGUUGUGUCGGGCGUAUCUGGACUUGCCAGAUGAUGGAUUUAGCAAAGCAAGCAACAAUCACGACUCCUUGGUUGCGUUUACUUCCAGUUUCGUGCGCGAGACAGUACACGCUUCGUCAACGUCCGCAUCAACCUCCCUGCUCCGGCCCGUGUUCCACCUCACAUCACGCCUUUUGAAGCUGGUGAACCCGCCGCAGCUUCUGGAAUACUCAUUCCUCGGUAAUCUCGCAAGGCUAUAUCCAAAGAAGCGCACGGCUGCUCUCCUGGGCGACGUCUUUGCCGGAACGGCCUCACGCGCCGUUGCUGAAGCGUCCGUCACCGCGCUCAAGAGGCUUCUCAUUCCGCACCUCGACUCCGGCAUCAGGGGGGACCUCAAGCUGGUGGAAUCCAGCCUCGUUGCGCUGAACCCCCUUCUGCACGCUUCUCCUGCGCCCUGUGUUCUGCUGUUGGCGGGAUCUGAUUUUCUCGAUGGCUUGGUCACCUGCUACAGAGUGAUGAAUCCGCCGCUGCGAAAGGCAAUCGUCGCAACAACGUACUUGUGUGUAGUUGGACUUGCGGAUUCUGAGCCCCCCAAGUGGUCCAUGUUGAAUGAUCAGCUGUUUGCGUUGAACUCGGCUGCGGAAAGUCACAAGAACGGGCCGUUGAACGCCAAUGACUCGCUCGUGGCCGAACUCGUAACUACGACCCCUCUGCUGAAGAUAUUAUGGCGCAAGGCUGAAGCUCAUGGGGCGGCAACAGAGAGUCUCCAGAAGAGAAUCGCCGUAUUAGAGUCGUUUACAAAGGGUCCCAUGACCAGACCCAGCCGCCUGGUCCGGGGAAGAGUCGACAAAGGCAAAGGAAAAGCCACGAAUGAUGAAGCCCAGAUGGAGGCGCAUGUCCGUCGAAUGAGCCAGGUCUCUCAGGUGCAGGAUAUAUUCCCCGAACUUGGAACGGGGUUUAUUUCGCGCUGCUUGGACGAAUAUGGCGACGACGUCGAACAAGUCGUGGCAAAUCUACUCUCCAACUCAUUGCCGUCCCACCUCGCUGCAGCUGACAGAAGCGAGCCUCUCUCCCCUCUUCAAUUCGUUCCUCACCAAACAGAUGUCGCGGCCCGGUCAGCACCAUUGCCGCCAGCGCCAGCGCCAGCGCCAGCGUCCAGCAGACGGAACGUAUUCGACGACGACGAGUUUGAUCGCCUUGGCGUUGAUUUGUCCAAAAUCUCGUUUGGCAAAAAGCCACAAAAGGACGCCGAUCACCUCCUCCGGGAUAAAUCUGCAGCACCAAACAAGGCCACCAUUCUGUCGGCUCUUGCGGCGUUUGAUUCGGACGAGGACGAGCGUGAUGACACGUACGAUGCGGCCGAUGUUGGCGGCACUGUAGAUUCCACGAACCAAGAGGCCGAUGGGGCGAACGAUGGUAACGAAGAGCUUCUCUUCCGCGCGUAUCAGACGAACGAGAAGAUGUUUGACCGAGACGCCGGCACCAGGAGAAGCAACAUGCGUCUCAAGCUAAGAGAGGAGACGGGCAUGACGGACGAAGCAUUAGAGGGCUGGGCAGUCAUGCUAGCGAGGAAUCCCCAGCAGAAGAAGAGACUAGAAGCCAAGUACGCGUUUGCAGGACAACAGGCACAGCUGGAGCGUACAGCUUGGCGAGCCGGUCCGGCUGAAGACGGUGAUGUUGACGGAGCCGCUGGCAGAGGCGGCAGAGGCGGCAGAGGCGGCAGUGGAGAGGGGACCGGCGCAGGGCGUGGAGGACGAGGUCGCGGUGGCCGCGGCGGACCUGGCAGCAGUGCUGCAGGGCCAGCCGGAGAAAAAGAGACCGAGGCAGCCAGGAGGAAUAAAGAGGCUCACAAGGGGUCAAGAGCGAACCACAACAGGAGAAAUGCGCGGGCCAAGAAGAUGGCCCGCGGAGGCUUUGCUGGUUGA